AUUUCGAGAAGAGCCUCAAAGUAUUGUGAGUGCAGACGAGGAUUCCUCCUCCCAUCCAGGGCCUGUCAUGGAUGAAGAGACUCAGCACAGCCUUGAAUGCAUCCAGGCUAAUCAGAUUUUUCCCAGGAAGCAGCUGAUCCGGGAGGAUGAGAACCUUCAGGUGCCAUUCAUCGAGCUGCACGGGGAGAGCACAGAGUACGUGGGCCGGGCAGAGGAUGCCAUCAUUGCUCUCUCCAACUACAGACUGCACAUCAAGUUCAAGGAGUCUGUUGUGAAUGUUCCCUUGCAGCUGAUAGAAAGUGUGGAGUGCCGUGAUAUAUUUCAGCUUCAUUUGACUUGCAAAGACUGCAAGGUGAUAAGGUGUCAGUUCUCUACCUUUGAGCAGUGCCAGGACUGGCUGAAGCGACUGAACAAUGCCAUCCGCCCUCCCUCCAAGAUAGAGGACCUGUUCUCCUUUGCCUACCACGCCUGGUGCAUGGAGGUAUAUGCCAGUGAGAAGGAGCAGCACGGGGACCUGUGUCGGCCAGGAGAACAUGUGACUUCAAGGUUCAAGAACGAGGUGGAGCGGAUGGGCUUUGACAUGAACAAUGCCUGGAGGAUUUCCAACAUCAAUGAGAAGUACAAGCUCUGUGGCAGUUACCCCCAGGAGAUCAUAGUCCCUGCCUGGAUCACGGAUAAGGAGCUGGAGAGUGUGGCAAGCUUUCGGUCCUGGAAGCGUAUCCCUGCUGUGGUGUACAGGCACCAGAGCAAUGGAGCAGUGAUCUCCCGCUGUGGCCAGCCCGAGGUCAGCUGGUGGGGCUGGAGGAAUGCAGAUGAUGAACAUCUUGUCCAGUCUGUAGCCAAAGCCUGUGCCUCAGACUCGAGGUCCAACAGUAACAAGUUAAUGAAUGGGAAUUGUUCCAGAGAUUUCUCCAAUGGAGGGGACCUCUCUGAUGCGGAAUUUGACUCCUCCAUCUCCAAUGCCUCAGGAGCAGAGAGUUUGGCAAUUCAACCUCAGAAGCUUUUGAUCUUGGAUGCACGAUCUUACGCAGCUGCUGUGGCCAACAGAGCCAAAGGUGGAGGCUGUGAGUGCCCAGCAACAGUGAGUAUUACCUGUGAAGUUGUGUUCAUGGGGAUGGCAAACAUCCAUUCCAUCCGGAAGAGCUUCCAGUCGCUGCGUCUGCUCUGCACACAAAUGCCAGAUCCAGGAAAUUGGUUGUCAGCUCUGGAGAGCACCAAGUGGCUGCAGCACCUGUCAGUGCUCCUGAAAUCUGCUCUGCUGGUGGUUCACGCCGUGGACCGGGACCAGCGGCCGGUGCUGGUGCACUGCUCCGAUGGCUGGGACCGCACCCCCCAGAUCGUGGCCCUGGCCAAGCUGCUGCUAGACCCCUACUACAGGACCACAGAGGGUUUCCAGGUGCUAGUGGAGACAGAGUGGCUGGAUUUUGGCCACAAGUUUGCAGAUCGCUGUGGCCAUGGCGAGAACUCAGACGACCUCAACGAGCGCUGCCCCGUGUUUCUGCAGUGGCUGGACUGUGUCCAUCAGCUCCAGAGGCAGUUCCCCUGCUCUUUUGAGUUUAAUGAAGCAUUCCUUGUGAAAUUGGUGCAGCACACCUACUCCUGCCUCUUUGGAACAUUCCUGUGCAACAAUGCGAAAGAGAGAGGAGAGAAACACACUCAGGAACGGACCUGCUCCGUCUGGUCUUUGCUGCGGGCAGCAAACAAAGCCUUCAAAAACCUGCUCUACUCCUCCCAAUCGGAAUCUGUGCUGUAUCCAGUGUGCCAUGUGCGGAACUUAAUGCUCUGGAGUGCUGUUUACCUGCCCUGCUCCUCCCCCUCCACGCCUGCCGACGACACCUGUGCCCCAUACCCUGUGCCAGGCUCUAGCCCUGAAGAUCAGCCUCUGGGCAGGUUACCAAAGACAAGAUCCUUCGACAAUCUGACGACAGCCUGUGACAGCAGUGUGCCUACAGCCAAUCGCCGCAGCAGCGACCCCAGCCUCAACGAGAAGUGGCAGGAGCACCGGCGCUCCCUGGAGCUGAGCAGCCUGGGCCCCCCCGGGGACGACCCCUUCGAGGGGGACAGCCUGAGCAGGCAGGGCAGGGCCCCCCUGGGGGCAGAGCUCUCUGUGGCUGCUGGGGUGGCAGAGGGACAGAUGGAGAACAUUCUGCAGGAGGCCACUAAAGAUGAUGUUGGGCUGGAGGAGCACUUAAGGGGUGGCCCUGAGACAGCAGGGAAAGGAGAUGAGGUUGCUCUGGAUAAGGAGAAGAGAGCUGACAGUCUGUGUGGGUAUGUCGGUGACCUCGGUGAAAAGGCUGAGGCGGAUACAGGUAUCGUAAGGAACAAUCCCACAUCCAAUCCACACACAGUUUCACAAGGUGCUUCUGAGCUCAAAGGACAACAGGAUGAGCACAGCAAUCCCAGCAAUGCUCUCCAGAAAGUACCUCAGGUGAGAGAACUGCAGAGUGUCCCUUCGGAGGGCUCCGGAAACAGAGAUGCGCAGAACAACGCGGAGGAGGAAGGUGUUGGGAAAUACGAAGGAGAAGCAGAGAGCCCGUCCAGCACGGGGGAGGAUGGCAUUGCCUUUCCUCUGACAGCCCUGCCGGAGCCAAGGACAUCCAACAUGGAGAGUUCCACAGAAACCUUAAUGGAGAUGGAAGCAAAGCCCGAGCUCACGCCUAAGAGCCCGUGCCACAGACCUCACCCCUUCGACAACAGCGCUGACGAGUUGUCCCGGACUCCGGAGAACAGGCCGGAGGGGGAGGGCAUGAUAGAGCUCCAAAAACUGGGAACAAGAGUGCAUAGGACUUACGGUAGCAGCAGCACCACACACCUCCCGAUGCCUUCCCCUUGUGCCUUGCCUUUAGCAGAGCGUAAAGAUGAGGUGGUGUGUAACGGGGAGCCGGAGCCGGAGAACAAGCUGUCCGAGCCGCCCGUGGGGCUCCUCCCCACGAAACCCUCCGCGGCGAACGGGCACUGCCUCAACGGGGAGGACGGGCGGGCCAAGGCCGCGCUCAGCCGGCAGGUCUCUGCCGCCAGCUGCAGCUCUGCGCAGCUACACUUGAGGAACUUGCACCAAAAAUGGAUGUUCAGCCAUCUGGGCAAGCAGCAGACGGGUGGCAGCCCGGAUCAGCCCGCCCGCAGCCACCUGGACGAUGACGGGAUGCCUGUGUACACCGAUGUCAUCCAGCAGCGCCUGCGCCAGAUCGAGACUGGCCACCAGCAGGAGGUGGAGACCCUGAAGAAGCAAGUGCAGGAGCUGAAGAGCCGCUUGGAGAGCCAAUUCCUCAACAGCUCCCUGCGCCUCAACGGGGACUACGGCGACGAAGUGACGUCUAUCCCCGACUCGGAAAGCAAUCUGGAUCAGAACUGCUUGUCUCGCUGCAGCACAGAGAUUUUCUCUGAAGCCAGCUGGGAACAGGUGGAUAAACAGGACACAGAGGUGACACGGUGGCUCCCGGAUCACCUGGCCGCGCACUGCUACGGCUGCGACAGCACCUUCUGGCUCGCCAGUCGCAAGCACCACUGCAGGGACACUGACCGAGUUGAUCAGCUCUGGAAUUGCGGCAAUGUGUUCUGCUCCAGUUGCUGUAACCAGAAGGUGCCCGUGCCCAGCCAGCAGCUCUUUGAGCCCAGCAGGGUCUGCAAGUCCUGCUACAGCAGCCUGCAUCCCAGCAGCUCCAGCCUGGACCUCGAACUGGACAAACCCAUCACUGCCACGUCCAACUGA